CCUAUUGGUUUUCAACGACUGCGAGCUGAAUCUUCCAUUCGUCGCCAUUUCCCUCCGUAAAGGAACUCGCUUUUCCCCUCUCCGAUGGACGCCUUGCAGUCCCGCCGAACCGAAGCGAUAAGCAUCGCCGUCGCCGUUGUCGCCAUCGGUGCCGGCACCGCCUACUAUCUCUACAUCACCAGGAAACCCAAGCCGAAAGCCUGCCUGGAUCCUGAGAAUUUCAAGGAAUUCAAGCUUGUUAAGCGCACCCAACUCAGCCAUAAUGUGGCCAAGUUUCGGUUUGAGCUCCCAACACCUGAUUCAGUUCUGGGAUUGCCAAUUGGACAGCACAUGAGUUGCAGGGGAAAGGACAGCGUGGGGGAAGAUGUUGUGAAGCCAUAUACUCCCACAACUUUGGACUCUGAUGUCGGCUACUUUGAAUUAGUUAUAAAGAUGUAUCCACAAGGGCGAAUGUCUCACCACUUCCGAGAAUUGCAGGAAGGUGAUUACUUGGCUGUGAAAGGGCCCAAGGUUUUAACAUUCUUGAACUGCCAGGGGCGCUUCAAAUACCAACCCAACCAAGUGAAAACAUUCGGAAUGCUAGCUGGAGGCACUGGCAUUACCCCUAUGUUCCAAGUUGCCAGAGCCAUCAUGGAGAACCCUAAGGACAAAACCAACGUAAGUCUCAUAUAUGCCAACGUCACGUUUGAGGACAUCCUUUUGAAGGAAGAGCUAGAUAAUCUUGCCAAAAGUUUCCCCGGCCGCUUCAAAGUGUACUAUGUUCUGAACCAGCCACCAGAAGGUUGGGAUGGCGGCGUUGGAUAUGUAACUGCAGAUAUGAUUAAAGAACACUGCCCUCCACCAACAGCAGACGUUCAGAUGUUGAGGUGUGGCCCUCCACCAAUGAACAAGGCAAUGGCAGCUCACCUGGACGCUCUCGGAUUCACUCCCCAAAUGCAGUUCCAGUUUUGAGAAAAGCUCUUGGAGAUGAGCUUUUCUUCUGGUUACCAUAGAACAAUUGAUUGACUGCCAGGGUGGGACACUACGGUUUAUCUCAUCUCUUGGCUUAUGAGACCAGUUGCAGAACUUCUAAACAGAUGCAGCUGAUUAUUAUACUAUGAAUAGUGGGCAUCCUAUUGUUAAACCCCACUUUAAAACUAGAUUAUACACAUUCUUAGAACGGUAAUUAUACACCAAUGUCCGAUCUAAAGAGAUACAGAAAUGCUAUUGCAGUAUUGCCUGUUAAUAAUUAUAUGUAGGCAGGCAAUUGUGCUGAAUUGGACAGCACUUCAUUGAUUGUAUGAUUAAGUUGAUGGGGUUAAAGACACAUUUGGUCACUGAGA